AUGGGCAUGGCGUGUUCCUCGGCAAGACGGUCGAGUCCUUCCAUGAGACGCAUCAUGAGCGAGUGGAAGCAGGUGCAAGCGGACGGGCUAGCCAUGGGGGAGGGCCGUUCGAGUUCCAAAGGAAACUCAAGCGAAACGUUUCGAUUGAAGCCGGUGGGGAACAUGUUCGAGUGGCACUUCACCUUCCUGGGCGCCAAGGACUCGCCGUUCGAAGGCGGACUCUACCAUGGGAGCAUCUCCCUGCCCGAGAACUAUCCGCAGUCUGGCCCGUCCGUCCGGCUGCUUAAUACCAACAUGCGUUUCAAGGUCGGCUCGCGAAUAUGUCUCUCCGCCAGCGAGUACCACCAAGAGACCUGGCAGCCUUCCUGGACAGUGGCAUCACUGGUGUCGGCGCUGGUGGCCCACAUGACGGAGGCCGCGGUCGAGAUCGGCGCCGUCAGGGGCGCAACGCCGUCCCAGAAGCGAAAAGCGGCCGUCAAGUCGCGCAGCUUUGUGUGCGCCGCCUGCGGGUGCUGCCACCACGCGUUCCCGGAGGAUAGGUUUCCGAUACCAAAGGGUUUCGACAAGGGGAAGAAGGCGGGUGCGGGGGAUGAUGGGUCGGCGGGGGCUCGGCGAGAGGGACGGGUGGCGGUGGGAGUGGGGGAGGCGCCGGCGGCAGCGAGCAGGGGAGGCUUGACGGGGCGGAGUAGGUUGUCGUGGACGGUGCGGCUGGUGACCAGCAAGCCGUUCUUGCUCGCCUUGGCCUUGAUUAUUGCCAGCGUGUUCCUGAAUCAGCCCAGACAUAGCUGAUCCGUGCUUGCUCGAUACGUAUUGACGUUUUAACAAUGUGCUGGUGAAGGGUGUAUGUUAAACCCGUGCUAUUUUGACAAGUCAUGGGCCGUGACCGCGAUGUAGCCCACCCAAGUUCAAAUCCCGCUGAACGGCGGAGGGGUUGCUCAGCUUUGCCGCCUUUUCAAACGAGUACCUACGUCAAGGGUCGGCAUUUUUGCUGGUGCUUCUGUGGCACAAGGUGUUGGUCGUGCACAAGAAUAACCUACAUAGAUGUCACGGCGAUCGCAUAUAUAUCUUCUGCCGCUCAGUUUCGUUCCGCUCUGUCCAACCAGGCGACAUGCUGUUUUUCAUUUUUCAUCGUUUGCUGGCUCUGACAUCACAGCUCAUCGCUCUGAGCUGUGAAACUGGACGGUAGGGGAUCGCGUGGGAAACCCCGAUGAUGUUUCUUUGUUUCUCACGGUACCUCUUGCCAGUGCGUCUGUGUCCGCUUAGAGUAGUCUGAGCUUGACUGGCCACACUCCAGAUUAUUUCGUACCAACCAGCAUAGUUUGCCUGGUCGCCCCGGUGGCCUAUGCUGUACCGCGCUUAGUGUACCGGUAGGCUGCGGCUAAUAAUGUAGGUGGAAGAUGUCGAAAUCUCGUCCCGACACGUUUCACGGUGUUUCGUGUAACUGACAGUGG